AUGGCUCUUCAUUUGAACUCAUUUUUUGGCUUCCCUGUCAUACUCUUGUACCAUUGGAUGGGGACAACUUUAUCUUUGAAUCUGGAAGAUCCCAAUGUGUGUAGCCACUGGGAAAGUUAUUCAGUUACAGUGCAAGAGUCAUAUCCACAUCCUUUUGAUCAAAUUUACUACACCAGUUGUACUGACAUCCUAAACUGGUUUAAGUGCACACGACACAGGAUCAGUUACCGUACUGCCUACAGACAUGGUGAAAAAACAAUGUACAGGCGUAAAUCCCAGUGCUGCCCUGGAUUUUAUGAAAGCAGGGAGAUGUGUGUCCCUCAUUGUGCUGAUAAAUGUGUCCACGGUCGUUGUAUUGCUCCGAACACCUGUCAGUGUGAGCCUGGCUGGGGAGGACCCAACUGCUCCAGUGCAUGUGACAGUGACCACUGGGGACCUCACUGCAGCAGCCGCUGCCAGUGCAAAAACGGAGCCUUGUGCAACCCCAUUACAGGAGCCUGCCACUGCGCGUCGGGUUUCAAAGGUUGGCGCUGCGAGGAACGCUGCGAUCAAGGGACGUAUGGAAAUGAUUGCCAUCAAAAAUGCCAGUGUCAAAAUGGAGCUACCUGCGACCAUGUGACAGGAGAGUGCAGGUGUCCUCCUGGAUACACUGGUGCCUUCUGUGAGGACCUCUGUCCCCCCGGGAAGCAUGGGCCACAGUGCGAGGAGAGAUGCCCAUGCCAGAACGGAGGCGUCUGUCACCACGUCACCGGGGAGUGUGCCUGCCCGCCAGGAUGGAUGGGUAUGGUCUGUGGUCAGCCUUGUCCUGAGGGUCGUUAUGGGAAAAACUGUUCCCAGGAGUGCCAGUGCCACAAUGGAGGGACCUGUGACUCAGUGACAGGUCAAUGCCAUUGCAGCCCAGGUUACACCGGGGAACGAUGCCAAGAUGAGUGUCCAGUGGGGACUUAUGGAGUGCAGUGUGCCGAGACCUGCAAGUGUAUGAAUGGUGGGAAAUGUUACCAUAUUAGUGGUGCCUGUCUCUGUGAACCAGGAUACACCGGAGAGCACUGUGAAACAAGGCUUUGUCCUGAGGGAAUUUAUGGUCUCAAGUGCGAUAAAAAGUGUCCCUGCCACAUGCCAAAUACCUGGAGCUGUCACCCUAUGUCUGGGGAAUGCUCCUGCAAGCCCGGCUGGUCUGGGCUCUACUGCAAUGAGACGUGUUCCCCGGGAUUCUAUGGCGAGUCAUGUCAGCAGAUCUGCAGCUGCCAAAAUGGUGCUGACUGCGAUAGUGUGACUGGAAAAUGCACCUGUGCCCCUGGAUUUAAGGGUGCUGCUUGUGGUACUCCUUGUCUUUUGGGGACAUACGGCGUAAACUGUUCGUCUGUGUGCAACUGCAAAAAUGAAGCCAUCUGUUCACCAGUAGAUGGUUCUUGUGCCUGCAAAGCAGGUUGGCAUGGUGUAGAUUGCUCAAUAAAUUGUCCCAGCGGUACCUGGGGACUUGGCUGUAACUUAACUUGCCAGUGUCUUAACGGAGGGGCUUGCAAUGCUCUGGAUGGAACCUGUACCUGUGCCCCAGGCUGGAGAGGAGAAAAAUGCGAACUCCCUUGCCAGGACGGCACGUAUGGUAUGGAUUGCGCUGAACGCUGUGACUGCAGCCACGCAGACGGCUGUCAUCCCACCACGGGUUACUGUCGCUGUCUGCCGGGAUGGUCAGGCAUUCACUGUGACAGUGUGUGUGCUGAGGGACAGUGGGGUCCAAAUUGCUCAUUGUCUUGUUACUGCAAAAAUGGAGCAUCCUGCUCUCCGGAUGAUGGAAUCUGUGAGUGUGCACCAGGAUACAGAGGCACCACUUGUCAGAGAAUUUGUUCCCCUGGGUUUUAUGGCCACCGCUGCAGCCAGACAUGCCCCCAGUGUGUACACAGCAGUGGUCCCUGCCACCAUAUUACUGGCUUAUGUGACUGCUUACCUGGAUUUACAGGAGCCCUCUGUAAUGAAGUGUGUCCUAGUGGCAGAUUUGGCAAGAACUGCAUUGGAAUAUGCACCUGCACCAAUAAUGGAACAUGUAAUCCUAUUGAUAGAUCCUGUCAGUGUUACCCGGGCUGGAUUGGUAGUGACUGCUCUCAGCCUUGCCCACCUUCCCACUGGGGACCAAACUGCAUCCACACGUGCAACUGCCAUAAUGGAGCUUACUGCAGCGCCUAUGAUGGGGAGUGCAAAUGUACCCCAGGAUGGACUGGCCUUUACUGUACACAAAGAUGUCCCCUAGGGUUUUACGGGAAGGACUGUGCAUUGAUAUGCCAAUGUCAGAACGGAGCCGACUGCGACCACAUCAGUGGGCAGUGCACCUGCCGCACAGGGUUCAUGGGGAAGCACUGCGAGCAGAAAUGUCCUCAAGGUACAUAUGGGUAUGGAUGCCGGCAGAUAUGUGACUGUCUGAACAACUCAACCUGUGACCACAUCACAGGAACAUGUUACUGCAGCCCAGGCUGGAAAGGGGCCAGGUGUGAUCAAGCUGGUGUAAUUAUAGUGGGAAACUUGAACAGUUUAAGCCGUACCAGCACUGCCAUCCCUGCUGAUUCUUACCAGAUAGGGGCUAUAGCAGGCAUCAUCAUUCUUGUCCUGGUUGUGCUUUUCCUGCUAGUGCUGUUCAUCGUUUACAGACAUAAGCAGAAAGGAAAAGAAACAAAUAUGCCCGCAGUGACCUAUACCCCUGCUAUGAGGGUCAUCAAUGCAGAUUACACCAUUUCAGAAACCAUCCCUCACGGUAAUGGUGGAAAUGCUAACAGUCACUAUUUCUCUAACCCUAGUUAUCAUACUCUAACUCAAUGCACCACCCCACCUCAUGUCAACAACAUGGACAGACUGACCCUGGCAAAGGCAAAAAACAAUCAGCUGUUUGUGAACCUUAAAAAUGUGGAACCUGGAAAACGAGGCACCAUCAUGGAUUACACAGGAACACUGCCUGCAGACUGGAAACAUGGCGGCUACCUCAAUGAGCUUGGUGCUUUUGGACUUGAUAGAGGAUAUUUGGGAAAGUCCCUGAAAGAUCUAGUGAAGAACUCAGAAUACAAUUUAAGUAAUUGUUCAUUAAGUAGUUCUGAGAACCCAUAUGCUACUAUAAAAGACCCACCGGCUCUUGUACCAAAAAGUUCAGAAUGUGGCUAUGUUGAAAUGAAGUCACCAGCACGCAGGGACUCCCCAUAUGCUGAGAUUGCUGGCUCUGCUUCAACAAAUAAGAAUGUUUAUGAAGUUGAACCUACGGUGAGUGUUGUCCAGGGAGCAUUCAGCAGCAGCGGACGUUUCAGCCAGGAUCCUUAUGAUCUUCCAAAAAACAGCCAUAUUCCAUGUCAUUAUGACUUGCUACCAGUUCGAGAUAGCCCCACAACCUCUAUGAAGGAGGUCAGCAGUGAAUGACCCCAAAAGCUGAUGUGUAGCACAGUGGGACUCUCAAGGGGCAAAGUGGCAUGGUUGUGCUUCUUCCUCUAGUUCACCAUCAUAUUUGGCUCCUAAUCUGUCCAGCAGACAAUUGCUGUACAUUAAACAGAAUCUCAACAUGAGGUUUGUAUUGUGUAUGUAAGUGACAGAUGGACAAAUGUCACACUCUGGGGAUCCUGAUGUUUCUUUUUCUCAUGGCAGUAAAUUUUAUAGAAACAGGUAUGCAACACAUUUAUACUGUAAUAUACUAGCUUAAAAAUACUAGUUUGCAGAUCAGUUGUGAUAACAUCCGAUUUCAGCGACUUUAAAUAUAGACUUCAUGUUUGUUGUGUUUCAGAGUAGAAAUACUCCCAGGACAGUGCAAUUUACCAAAUACCAUUUUAUACAGGUGAUCUGAUUCACUAGUUAUGUAGAAGAAAACUGCCUUGCCAAA